CUAUAUAUGUCCAGUGUGGAGUAAGUGAAAAGAGGUUUAGCACCACGCCUGUCUUCGUCUCGUACAAGUUCAGUUCAAUUAAACAAUCAUCAUGGGAUCCAGUGAGAGCAAGAUGGCUGUGUCUGCACCGUUAAAACCAGAGCCAGCCAUCAAAAACACUCGAGUCAGUGAUCUGAUUGAUCCACGCUCUCCUUCAACAGGAAUCGACCGUACACCCAUUCAGGUUGGCGGGCCUUUUCCCAAAGCUGUUGCUGAAGUGAAAGGUGAGUGUCCACUGGCAUUCACUGAUCCCCGCUCACCAACUGUUGGCAUUGCCCGCACCCCUGUCAGAGAAGCCAUGAGAGCGACAGUGGGGUCCUUUGCUCGCCGCCUGGGUAUGUUUUUCCACAAUGAGAUUGAAGGCAAAGCCCCUCAAGUCCCCCAGAAACACCUCAGUGAUACUGUGGUGGAGGAGAUCUUCAAGGGUGAAGAGCUGGCUUCCACUGAGCCACUCCUGACUCCUCAGCCCAUCUGCACCUUUGGCUCCUUGGCUGACCAUACUAACCUUCUGGCCACCCCUGUAAUGCCCCCUCUCGUAAGUAUGGGUGGCUCAAGCCCCUUUGUGCUUCUUGAGGAACCCCAAGUGCAGGUGGAGGUACAAACUGAGGCAGAAAUUAGCCUGGAGGAGGCUGAAGAAGCAAAAGAGUCUCCUCUUCACAAGAGACUGAGUAUGAGCCUGAUAACGUGCCAUGAGGGAGCAACCUCAUCCCAGAUCUUUGCUGAGGUGCACUGUGACAGUUCAUCUCCAUUGCCAAAUGUGGAAUUGGAGCCACUGAGAGAUGGUGUGGAUCAUUCUUAUGCCCUUCCUUCUAUCACUGUUGAAACUGAGUCCCCUGUUGAGCCUUUUCCACCUGCUGAUUCAGGUGAUUCCCCAGCUCAGGAGUCCCCAGCACAGUCGCAGGAAGCAGAGCUGAUGCUAUCUUCUGAGGAAACAAAAGAGCUGGUUAAAGAAUCAUCCUCUGCACUUGCUCCAUCAGAGCCACCUACUGACCCCAGCCCAGAGCAGCCACAGCCCUGCACCGGCAUCCGCUGCCCCACCUUUGACCCGAAGAGCCCCAGUCAGGUGGUGUUCAAGCCGCAGUGGUUGGGAAAAGGUUUUGGUGCCACUGGGCCAAGAGCUAGAGGAGUGCUGGGGCAUGGUGGAAAAGGAGGCUCCUCUCCUCUUGCUGUCCAUGUUGCCGUAAAGAAUGUAACAAAUGAAAACAAAGGACAGUCUGGGAAACGGAAGCAGAAAGGUACUGAAGGCCGCUCCCCGCUGCAGAUUCUUAAGGAAACCAACUCACCUAGGGACCGCCGUCCUCAGAUGAAGAUGAAAGUGUCCACCCCAGACAAGCAGAGGCUUGGACAAUUGAACCGCAAAGUGCUGGCAGUGUCUCUGGAUAAGGAGAACAGAUGAUUCUGGUGAUGCUGCAGUGUGUACAGAGUCCUACUCAUUUUAUAUCUCUUAAAGCAAGCUUUUAUGUGUACAGCUUUCUUAAACUGAUUUUGUCCUGUGUAUAUUCUUUUAACUUCCUUUUUGACCAGUUUUCUGUCCUGUAUUGCUCUCUUGUAAAUAUAAAUAAAAUUAUUUGCA